AUGGUUUACAUCCGCCAGGACAAGCUGCCCAAGCUUAAAGAAUACAAAUACUCCGGUGUCGAUCACAGUCUGCUCUCACAAUAUGUCCUCAAGCCAUUCUACACGCAUGUAGUGAUCAAGUGUUUUCCCAUGUGGAUGGCACCAAACCUUAUCACACUUUCUGGCUUUGGCUUUGUGAUCAUCAAUUUCCUUACUCUGCUAUGGUACACACCUACGCUGGACCAGGAUUGCCCACCUUGGGUUUACCUUAGUUGGGCAAUUGGUCUGUUCCUUUACCAAACGUUCGACGCUGUCGAUGGAAGCCAGGCGCGGAGGACACAUCAAAGUGGUCCUCUGGGCGAGCUGUUCGACCACGGUGUUGACGCGAUCAACACCACUUUAGAAGUGCUGCUCUUCUCUGCAACUAUGAACCUGGGACAGGGCUGGAAGACGGUCCUGACACUUUUCGCUUCCUCUUUGACAUUCUAUGUCCAAACCUGGGAUGAGUAUCACACACAUGUCCUCACUCUCGGGGUCAUUUCUGGGCCAGUGGAAGGCAUUCUGACGCUCUGCGUUGUGUACGCCUCGACUGCAUUCCUUGGCGGUGGUAGCUUCUGGCAGGGCUCCAUGCUCAAAAGCCUAGGCGUCCAGAACCACGAUUUCAUCCCCGACGUCCUCUUCAACCUAGCCUGGAAUGAGUGGUACAUGGUAUAUGGAGGGGUUGUGCUUGUCUUCAACACCGUUUCCAGGCAAGUCGAUGCAACGACAUCACGUGGGUAAAAUACUGAUGCGUUACAGUGCUCAUAAUGUGAUGAAGGCACGCCGUGCCCGUGGCCAGAAGACCCGAGUCGCACUCCUUGGUCUCCUCACUUUCGCUGCAGCUUGGAUCUUGAUUGUAGCCUACCUGUUCCUGCAACCACUCAUCCUGCACCAUCAUCUUGUGCCAUUCAUCUUUUACGCCGGCCUGAUCAACGCCUAUUCGGUCGGUCGCAUGAUCAUCUCGCAUUUGACAAAAUCUCGCUUUCCCCGCGGCAAUGUCCUUAUUUAUCCGCUGAUCUAUGGCGUCGCUGAUUCAAUGGGCCCUUGGCUACAGGAUCAUAUCGGCGUGGGCUGGCCAAGCGCUUUGGGCAACGACGUUUACCAGGUUGCGUUUGUCUUCAUGUGUCUGGGACUGGCUGUUGGUGUGCAUGGAAGCUUUAUUGUCGAUGUGAUUUGGACUAUCUGCGAUUAUCUUGACAUCUGGUGCUUGACCAUCAAGUACCCCUAUCAGCCAGUCAAGGAGAACAUCGAGAAGGAGAGGAAGGGACAGUGA